UGCAAUAGGAGUUUACUGCUGAUAUAAGUCCACCAUGAGUUCCACUAAGAGAUGGCUAGUUCCACGCCGCUCUAAACUCUACAUUGUGGAAGGGGAGUCCCAGUGUCCAGAGACGGGCACCCACAAAGACAACCCUUUCAGCCAGACACCUUACCUGCGCGGCUCAGAACGCUACAGUGACAGCAGCAGCAGCGCACCCUCUGGUAGCAGGGGCCCUUCAUGUGUGGCUGCCUCCAGCUCAGCCAGCUUGGCCUGGGCGCUACGAACACGCCACCAGCCUGCGAGUUUGGCCCUCCGCAAGCAAGAGGAAGAGGAGAACAAGAGGUGCAAGGCCCUUUCAGACAGCUACGAGCUCUCGACAGAUCUGCAGGAUAAGAAGGUGGAGAUGCUGGAGAGAAAGUACGGUGGCUCCUUUGUAAGUCGCAGAGCAGCGAGGACCAUUCAGACAGCUUUCAGACAGUAUCGCAUGAACAAGAACUUUGAGCGCCUCAGAAGCUCGGCGUCAGAGAGCCGCAUGACACGGCGCAUCAUCCUGUCCAACAUGAGACUGCAGUAUUCCUUUGAUGAGCGACAGCCUCAGCAGCAGGCCCAGACACAGACCAACUUCACCCACAGUGUGGCCAUAGGGCCUCCUCAUUCCCCCGACACAGACCGCCCAGGAGACUACACCCACUUAGAGGACUCCUUCUCCAAACAGGUCAAGUCCUUAGCUGACUCAAUAGAUGAUGCCCUUACCUGCCGCGCGGGUCGCGAUGACUCCCAGGAGGGCAGCAGGGAGGGUGGAGGGAUAAGUGAAGACUUUGGGGAGUGUGUGUGGAGCAGCAGCAGCAACCCAUCCUCCCAAAGAGGUUUGGGAGAAAGAGCCAGAGGAGCUGGAGGAGGACUCAGUAUGCACGGCGACAGUACGGCCACCUCGUACAGUGACGUCACUCUUUACAUGGAUGAUGGCAUGCCGUCCUCGCCCUUGUCCCUUGACCGAGCGCCCAGCAGCACGGAUACAGAGUACUGGGGCCCCGGUGGUGGCGUCGGAGGACGUGAGGACAGCAGGGACACCGAGGGAGGGGGUAGCAGUAACAGUCGGCGCAGCACCCCAUGCACCGAGUGCAGGGACUAUCGUCUGAGGGGCGCACAUCUGCCCCUUCUCACUAUUGAGCCGCCCAGUGACAGCUCAGUGGACAUGAGUGACCGUUCAGACCGGGGCUCUCUGAGCAGACAGCUGGUCUAUGAGCAGGAGCCUGGGGUAGGAGCUGGCUCCCCUCAGGGAACCCUAAAACACUCCCCCAACACAGGCGCCCGCCCGUCCUCCACAGCAGCUGCCCAGGGUCAGACUCGGGCCCCGGGCAGACCCAUACCAACACACAUCCCUCACCAGGUGGCAGCUCACCACCACCACCACCACCAUCCUAUCCACCACCAUCAGUACCCUGACACACCUUCAUCCUCCUCGUCCCCGCAGCAGCCCCCCACCACCCCGCUCUCCUCCUCCUCCUCCACAGCUCUACCCCCCGGAGGUCUGGAGCAGCCGUGCUGCUCCGAUGGAGACAAUGACUCACUCAACUCCACAACCAAUUCCAAUGAGACAGUCAACUGCAGCUCGGGCUCCUCCUCUCAGGACAGCCUGCGGGAGCCUCUGCCUCCUCUGGGCAAGCAGACCUACCAGAGAGAGAGUCGCCAUAGCUGGGACUCUCCGCCCUUCAACAGUGAUGUGGUGCAGAGACGCCAGUACCGCAUAGGUCUCAACCUCUUCAACAAGAAGCCAGAGAAAGGAAUCCAGUACCUGAUUGAGAGAGGGUUUGUAUCUGACACUCCAGUCGGGAUUGCUCGCUUCAUCCUAGAGAGGAAAGGCCUCAGCAGGCAGAUGAUCGGAGAGUUCCUGGGAAACAGACAGAAACAAUUCAACAAAGAUGUUUUAGACUGUGUGGUGGAUGAGAUGGACUUCUCAGGUAUGGACCUGGAUGACGCUCUGAGGAAAUUCCAGGCUCAGAUUAAAGUCCAGGGAGAAGCCCAAAAAGUGGAGCGGCUCAUAGAGGCUUUCAGUCAGAGAUACUGUGUGUGUAAUCCAACCCUGGUUCGGCAGUUCCAGAACCCGGACACCAUCUUCAUCUUGGCCUUUGCCAUAAUCCUCCUGAACACAGACAUGUACAGUCCCAACGUCAAAGCCGAGAGGAAGAUGAAACUAGAGGAUUUCAUCAAGAAUUUGAGAGGCGUAGACAAUGGUCAGGAUAUACCCAGGGACCUGCUUGUUGGGAUCUACCAGCGGAUACAGAAAUGGGAGCUACGGACCAAUGAUGACCACGUAUCCCAAGUGCAGGCAGUGGAAAGAGUCAUUGUGGGCAAGAAGCCUGUGCUGUCCCUUCCCCAUCGUAGGCUGGUGUGUUGCUGCCAGCUCUAUGAGGUGCCUGACCCCAACAGACCUCAGAGGACAGGAGUACACCAACGAGAGGUCUUCCUCUUUAAUGACCUUCUGGUGGUGACCAAAAUCUUCCAGAAGAAGAAAACCUCAGUGACUUAUAGUUUCAGACAAUCUUUCCCUUUGGUUGAGAUGCAAGUGCACAUGUUCCAGAACUCAUACUACUCUCAUGGAGUCCGCCUGACCUCAGCAGUCCUGGGUGGGGAGAGGAAGGUUCUUAUCGUCUUUAUGGCACCCAGUCAGCAAGACCGCACCCGCUUUGUUAGUGACCUCAGGGAGAGUAUUGCUGAAGUGCAAGAGAUGGAAAAAUAUAGAGUUGAAUCGGAGCUGGAGAAACAGAAAGGUGUGAUGCGGCCAAGCUUGCUGACUGGAGGUGUGGUUGGAGGAGGCGUAGGUGUGAAGAGCGAUGUUGUGAAUGGCACCAUGGGAAGGACAAGUUUUGAUGACAACUGCUCGGUGGGUGAGGGUCUGAAACGCACAGCGCUCAGCUCAUCUCUCAGGGACCUAUCAGAGACAGGGCUCCAUCAUUAGCAGCCCACAGCCUCACCAGCGCUAUCCAGUGCCAGGUGUGGUUCCUGGCUGCUACGGAACAGAAGACUUCCGGCCUCACCG